AGGCAAAUUCAGAAUACUCACACGGGCCUGGAUUUGUCGGUGCCGGAUUACCAGGAAGUCCGUGGGAAGAUGAUGUCUGGCCACGUAGAGUAUCACAUUGUUGUCGUUACCCGACUGGCUGCCUUCAAAUCAGCAAAGCACAAGCCUGAGGAUGUGGUUCAGUUUAUGGUUUCCAAGAAGUACAGCGAAAUAGAAGAGCUUUACCACAGGCUGGCAGCACGAUAUCCACAGGCUUCUCUUCCACUUCUGCCCAGAAAAGUUCUCUUUGUGGGGGAAUCUGACAUUUGUGAGCGAAGAGCAACCUUUAACGAUAUCAUGAGAUCCAUCUCAAAAGAUGGGGAUCUAGCAACAAGUCCUGAGUUACUGGAAUUCUUAGGAACAAAAUCUACUGCUGUCAUUGACUUCAAGAGUAAAAACAUUCCUGAUGACAAGGACAAAGAAGAUGAAGAAAAUGAAGUACUAGAUUUCUUCAAAGAGGAGAAGAAACCUGAUGUAAUCUCACAGCUUGCACCAGUGAAAAAUGUGGAAAAGGGGCACAAAACAGAAGAGGAAGAGCAGGAAGAAGAGGAAGAAGCUUUAGACCCUCUUGGUAUAAUGAGAACUAAAAAAACAAAGAAGGUAUCUGCUUCACCAGCCAAGAAAGAAGAGGAGCCUAAAUUAACCAUUUUUGAAGAGGAAGUUGAUCCAGAGGAAGGACUGUUUGGCCCAGAGAAAGAUUUCUCAUCAGUUGGUCCCAGAAAGAAGAUGAAACAAAAUCUGAAACUAUUUGAAGACCCAGACCUUGGUGGGGUGGUGAGACUGGGCGACUCAUUACUGCUACCAGCUGCCGUUGAGAGCGGGGAGUUUGUGCUGAACAGGAGUCCUGAGGAGGACACAGAGGAACUGCUGAGAGUGGAAGAUGAUUUAGAGAAACUCUUGAAAAUAACCUCAAAACCCAAACCUAAGGUACCACCAAAACCGCGCUUACCUCAGAAGCCAGUAGUCGCACCCAGGAAGAACAUGAAUUCAUCUCAACUGGCAAAGCCAAAGGAAGACAAGAUUCAAACAAUGAACGAAGUGGACAUUCUCCAGUAUAUCCAGGAAAAUGAAUCUAUUGACAAUGAAGAUGCAAGUCUCUUCUGAAUAUAGUU